AUGGCCAUUACCAAAGUCGCUAUCGCCGGAGGCACUGGUAACCUUGGACCAGCAAUUCUCAAUGCUCUCCUAGAAGCCAACUUCGAAAUCACCCUUCUGAGCCGUUCCUCGACUCACCAAGUCGAUUCCCGUGUUAAAAUCCAAGAGGUUGACUACAACUCUCUGGACUCCCUCGUCGCAGCCCUCAAGGACCAAGACGCAGUCGUCAACGUUCUCAACGUAGGAGCUGUCCCCGUGGAAAUUCACCUCCGCCUCAUUGAAGCCGCACAGAAAGCUGGUGUCCAGCGCUUCCUCCCAUCCGAAUUUGGUAGUGAUACUGCCCACCCCCUCACCUCCAAACUCCCCGUCUUCGGUGACAAGAUCACCAUCAUCAACCGACUUAAGGAAAUCACCACGCAAGAAAGCGUAUUCACUUAUACCGCCGUUAUCAAUGGUCCUUUCUUCGACUGGGGACUGAAGCAUAGCUUUAUCCUGAACCUCACUGGACCCUCGACUCCCGUUUAUGAUGGCGGAGAUACUGUUUUCAGCACCACUACUCUUGCCGGUGUUGGACGUGCUGUCGCCGGUGUACUGGAACACCCCACUGAGACUAAGAACCGUUACGUCUACGUUUCCCAGGCAGAUGUCACACAGAACAAGCUUCUGGCAUUGUCUGGUAAGACUAUUGAGCGGGAGGAGAUCAGUACGGCGGACUUGGAGAAGCAGGCUUUUGAGGCUGUGAAGCAAUCUCCGCCUGAUUUCCACACUUUUGCUGUUAAUUUGAUCCGCCGAUCGAUCUUCGACUCUAACUACGGCCCUGGAUUUGCUAAGACCGAUAAUGAGUUGCUGGGAGUUCCUAAGUUUUCAGAGGCUGAGGUUCUUGAUUUGGUUAAGCAAUCCUCUUGA